GUCAAUCUCCUGUAAUCCUCGCUGUGUACAGCGCUGUUCUCUGCGGGGUAUUUUCACUUGUAUCAUCACAGAAAUCCACGUGAAGACAUGGACAACUCCGGGAAAGAGAAGGAAGCUAUUCAGCUGAUGGCUGACGCUGACAAAAAAGUCAAGUCCUCCGGCUCUUUUUUGGGAGGGAUGUUUGGAGGUGGUCCUCACAAAGUCGAAGAGGCCUGUGAAAUGUACUGCAGGGCUGCGAACAUGUUCAAGAUGGCGAAGAACUGGAGCGCCGCCGGAGGUGCAUUUUGCAAAGCAGCCCGUCUUCACAUGCAGCUGCAGAACAAACACGACUGCGCCACCAGUUUCAUCGAUGCAGGAAAUGCCUACAAAAAAUCUGACCCAAAUGAGGCUAUCAAGUGUUUAAAUGCUGCAAUCGAUAUUUACACAGACAUGGGAAGAUUCACCAUUGCAGCCAAGCAUCACAUCAGCAUUGCAGAGAUCUACGAGUCAGAACUGGUGGAUAUAGAAAAGGCCAUUGCACAUUAUGAACAGGCAGCUGACUACUACAAAGGGGAAGAAUCAAACAGCUCUGCCAACAAGUGUCUGUUGAAGGUGGGAGCUUACUGUGCUCAGCUGGAGCAGUACCAAAAAGCCAUUGAGAUCUACGAGCAGGUCGGGGCAAACACCAUGGACAAUCCGUUGCUGAAGUACAGCGCCAAAGAGUAUUUUUUCAAAGCCUCUCUCUGCCAUUUCAUCGUCGACGAGCUCAACGCCAAGAUCGCUGUUGAAAAAUACGAGGAGAUGUUCCCGGCGUUCUCAGACUCCAGAGAGUGCAAGCUGCUGAAGAAACUUCUGGAGGCUCAUGAGGAACAGAACAGCGAAGCCUUCACAGAGGCGGUUAAAGAGUUUGACUCGAUCUCACGUCUGGACCAGUGGCACACGACCCUCCUGCUGCGCAUCAAAAAGACCAUCCAGGGCGACGAAGGCGAUCUAAAAUAAACACAAGGCUGCGGGGCGCAUGCCGCAUGGAGGGUCACGUCCGUCACGCAUGCUUUCUUACACUGUCACUCUCCACUCUGCGUCCAGCAUCAGCAGAGGGAGGUCCGCUGAUGAUACCGAAUAUCCCACUGCUCCACUCACUUUCGCUCUCCUAACCAACACGUCUGACUCCAGUCAGAACGUGGAUCCUCUGGCCCUCACCUCGCUCUAGAGGGUUGCUGCAGACCCGGAUGCUGAAAUCUCACCCCGCUGGGAUUCACUCUGGUGUUGUACCAAACUGCUGUUAGUGUUGAAAACAAGCCCGUGCAUGUUUUCUACUGGUAGAAGCAGCUCCUAAUAUAGUUGAAUGUCUCUUUUUGUUGUGCAAGACUCGACGGUGGCUUGAUGGCAUUACUUCUCUGGUUUUUCAUGCCGCUCUUCGUGAUGAAGGGCAAAGAUAUGCACCAAGUGUCGACUGUUAAACAUUUGAUUCACUUUUGACUUUAUCGUCACUCCGAUGAAUUCAUGUUUUGGACACUGGAGUUAGCAUUAGCCGCCACUUUACUUGUGCUGUGUUCGUGAAUGUUCAUUGAAGGUGUAAGAACCUAAUUUCGGCCAGUCGCUUAAGCAUGUCUGUGUGUAGUCGUGUGUCAUUCUCUAGUGUGAUCAAGACCAAAGUUCCUACUGGAGGGUCAGUCACUGGCUGAAACGGCUUCUUCCGUGUGGAAUGACCAUGGACCUCUGAUAUAUUCUGUAUCUGUGUGCGAAAGGACAACAAUAAAGAUAUGUCAGUCUCUGUGUC